GUCUACCCUGCUGCAGUCUUCUUCUCCCCACCCUCUCUCUCUCUCUCUCUCACUCUCUCUCUCUCUUUUUUUCUUGCACACACACUGGCGCACUAAUGAGCAAGUCUAGCGCUACCCGGCAGAACUGAUCUCUCGUCAGCUGGGCUACACCGAAACAUCAUAGGCAACGAUACGCAAGGCUGAUCGGAAGUCGGCUAGGUGCCAAAGCAAAUGGGGAACGAAAGGGAGAGAUUGUGAGACAAAUUUUUCAGUUAGUGAGAGGAAGGGUGUUGAUGCCAACCUGCCAACCUUCUCGACCUUCUUUUGUGAGGCCACACUUUCUUUUGCUGAGGACCGUUAUUUUCCUCUCUGCAUCCAGUCAUGGAAGCGAUGCUCACCUGCAGCCGAAGUCCGUUCUCCCAAGUGUUUGGGCGCCAGGGUCAGCUCAUGCAAGCCACGGUGCAGUCCCUGAACAGCCUGAAUGAUCAGAUCGCAAGUUUCAUAGUGACGGGACACAAGUCACUUGAGCAGGAAGAACAUGCAUAUUGUCCCCCUGAGAAGGAGACGCUCCAGAAGUCAAUGACUUUGAUGAGACGCCUCCUCGUGGAUGCUCAGGCAAAAAUCCUGAAAAUGAUGGAUGACAACAAGCAGCUGGCUCAGCGCAUAGACGGGGCUAUUCAGUCGGCCAGCCAGGAGGUGACCAAUUUGCGCUCGGAAUUGAGCGCCACCAGCCGAAGACUGACCGAGCUGGGGGCUGCUGACCCUUCAGGCAGCAUGCUUGAGACCCCGCAGCACAACUACAACGAUACUUCUCCGCGCACGAGGCAGAAGGUGCCUUCCACUGACCUGUGCUACACGGGUGAAAUCAGCAGUCUGAUGGACUUCAACUCUCCUGAUUCCUCCCUGGACAAAGUUCUGCUUCGUGAGGAGGUGGCCCAACUGCAGGAAGAGGUGCACCUGCUGCGCCACAUGAAGGAAAUGUUGAGUAAGGACCUGGAGGAGAGCCAAGGAGGAUGCUCGGCCGACGUGCUUUCUGCCACGGAGCUCCGCGUGCAGCUGGCUCAUAAGGAGCAGGAGCUGGACCGAGCCAAGGAGGCUUUGCAAGCCAUGAAGUCAGACCGUAAGCGUCUUAAGGUGGAAAAGGCAGACCUGGUGAACCAGAUGCAGCAACUUUAUUCCACACUGGAGAGCCGGGAGGCGCAGCUCCGUGAUUUUAUUCGCAAUUACGACCAGCACAGAAAAGAGAACGAGGAUGCGGUGAAGGCUCUCGCCAAAGAGAAAGACAUGUUGGAGAGAGAGAAGUGGGACCUCCGGCGGCAAACCAAGGAGGCCACCGAGCACACUGGAAUGCUACGCACACAGCUGGACCUCAAGGAAAACCGCAUCAAGGAGCUGGAGGCUGAACUGGCCAUGAUCAGUAACUGUGUCUAUCAAAGAACGGAGUUCCGGGUGUUUGAGCGGCUCGGGGACAGGGACUUCUCCCCGAGGGUUAUGGCGGCCAAACAGUCACUAGCCACCCUGACCAAGGACGUUCCUAAACGUCACUCCCUGGCGAUGCCAACAGAAACGGUUGUCAACGGCAACAACCAGGAAUGGGUUAUGCAGGCUGACCUUCCCCUCACUGCUGCCAUCAGACAGAGUCAGCAGACCCUCUACGUGCAUACUAGCCAUCCCACCGACAGACAAGUGGCUGCUGUGCGGGUGAGCCCGUGCCACUCGCGUCAGCCGUCCAUCAUCUCCGACGCCUCAGCUGUGGAGGGAGACAGGUCGUCUACACCUAGUGAUAUCAACUCUCCACGUCAUCGGACUCACUCUCUCUGCAAUUCUCUAGAAGAUCUGGAGGUGGCGAAGUGUAAGAAGAAGAAGGAGAAGAUGGGCCUGGGCUCUUUGUCGCGGGUCUUUGCCCGAGGAAAGCAGCGCAAGUCCCUGGACCCGGGUCUGUUUGAUGGUACUGCAACACCUGAUUAUUACAUAGAGGAGGACGCAGACUGGUAAAGGCCACACAGAGAUCCUCUGUGGAAAUGAUCAGAGGACGGCGUUGUGUUUAUGUGUGCGUGACAGAGAGCAUGUAUGAAGGUGUGUGGGUGUGACCUAGCACAUUGCACCUGUAUUAAUGUACAUCCCUGUAAAUAGAGCGCGACAACAUGGUGGACAUUACUUUCAAUUCUCUAUUUUGAUUUUCACUCAACUGCAAACUUGAAGGACUGCUGUACGUGAAAAUAACGACAGUUGACGUGCACUUUGUGUGUGUGUGUGUGUGUGUGUGUGUGUGUGUAAAUGUCUCCUUGUCCUGAAUGCCUUUUCUUAUUUUUGAUAUGUAACCCUGACUACCUUUUAACUCUUCCCUCGUUUACUGUCUUGCUUGGUUCACCCCCCACUCCUUUCACACUGCCAUGAUGAUGACAGUUUUCCCGUGGGCGACAUGCAGAUCAAAUCCAUCCCAUUCUGUAUACAGUCAGAAAAAAUGCGCAAGCAUCUCUUUCAGCGGAAUGAAUCCACCACUCAGGGCACUUUGCUGCCUAGCAACACGAGGCCCAGCAGGAAUUGUGGGAAAUGUGAUUUCUAUCUGUUCAGAUAGAAGCGCUUGUACGUGCCAUAUUGUGCCAUGCAUGCACAUACUGUAGCUCCUGUCCCACAACGCAUGCGACUCUGGCUCCACUGUCCUUAAGAUAAACUAACAACUGUCUACUUCAAGAAAAGAGAGGUCAGUUACUCCCGCCACACUCUUGGCUCCAAUUUUCAAAUGGUUAGGAACGUCAUCCAUUCUAAAUAAACAAGUGGAGGGAUUCUUUACAAAAUUAGAAACACAGUGACUGAGGAAACAUUAAUGGGAAGCAAAGGCAACAUUUUUUUAGAAUGAUUACAAAAAUAUUGUUGUGCAUGCAAUAAUAGAGUCCUGCUGAAAAGUUUAUACAUUUCUACAUACAGUGGAAACUCUGUGUUCGUACGUCCUAAUUUCCGUGUCAUUUCAGUUUUUGACGAUUGUUUUCAGCAAAAUUUUGUUCCAGUUUUCAUACAGCCACUCAGUUUUCGUAUAGUUAAAAAUGGUCCAUACCAAACUCAUCCCACCUGCCCACAUGACCCUCGAUUCAUUUCCUGGAGUACAUCGCCCACACAAAGCAUCUAAUGCGCAUGCACAAUUUUUUUAUUGUUUUCCUGUUGCGUGAGCGUCACCCUGCACAUUAAUGGGAAGCAUUUCUCCGUAUUUAUUGAAUGCGGCUGUUCAAUAGGCCAAUAUGGGGCUCAAAAAAAAUAUUUGGGCCAGAUGACAUAACCAUAAAAUUCAAGAAAUAACUCAUAGCGAAGAACGAAGAAUGGUGUAUUAGCCUUCCAAACAAUAACCUAUCAUCCUCCCUCUUUGUCCUUCAUACUCUAUCAAGAAUCUUCAAUAAUCAUGUUUUUUAUAAUGUUCAUUAAUCCAUUCCAUCAGUCAUUUAUAGUUCGCAUUAUUUUUUUAUGUUAAACUAUAGUUGUUUCUGAGUGUAUGGAACAGAUUACUUGAUUUACAUUAUUUCCUAUGGAAAAAGUUUUUGUAUGAUUCGAUUUCAGUUAAACAUUUUGGAACGGAUUAAUCUUGAAAACUGAGCAGGUGUGCCGGAGCCUAUCUCAGCUGACUCUGGGCGAGAAGCGGGGUACACCCUGAACUGGUCGCCAGCCAAUCGCAGGGCACAUAUAGACAAACAAUCAUUCACACUCACAUUCACACCGACGGGCGAUUUAGAGUCAAACAUUAACCUACCAUGCAUGUUUUUGGGAUGUGGGAGGAAACCGGAGUACCCGGACAAAACCCACGCAUGCACGUGGAGAACAUGCAAACUCCACACAGGCGAAGACGGAUUUGAACCUGGGUGCUCGGAGCUGUGAGGCAGAUGUGCUAAUCAGUUGUCUACCUUCCCGCGUUAUUUAAUAUACUAAAGAAUAAAGAAGAUUAUUAAAGAAAGAACACAGUAUCAAAUGUCCUAGUUAAUUAAAGUAAUUAACACUGCCUUCCACAUUUUUGUACCAGGUCUUUUUUUUUUUCUUCUAACGAUGGAUGCACCAAGCAAUGAUUUGGACCUAUGUGGGUGUUAAACCCUUUCACCCUUAAAAGUGUGGGUAUUGAAACACAUGCUCCCAGGAAGAAAGAAAGGAAGGGGAAAAAAAGCAAUUAAAGUUGUGCCAAAGGGUAACAAAGGCAUUUGUUCAAGUGAAAGACAAUGACAGUGGUCAGAUAAUUUGCAUGCUUUUGCGGGAUUGAGCUGGAGUUUGCACUGCCUCGCCCCCAGGAAAUCUCUUCUCUUAAUCUAAUCUCACUUUCCCCUGCACCACUACUGACUGCACACAUUACUGAGUGUGUGCAGCAAUGGGAGCGUUCAACACAAAGCUUACCCUAUGAAACUUCCGCUAUAAAAGCAAUUAUGUAUUGGAUUGUAUGCAUAAGCAGCCCCGCAUAUUUCAUGAAAUAUUAAGGCUUUCGUUUUGUUCUCUUGCCAACUUUCAGAAGAAUCGAAGAGGUCAUUUUAAAGUUUUUGAGCCUGUCUGUGUUUUUUGUUUUGGUUUGUUUUGUUUUUGCUCAGAUGCUUUACUUGGAAAUGAAACAACAAUACAAAAAAUGAAUAUUAUUGAAAAAUUAUUUUAAAAUGGCAGCGGUUCAGCAGGGAGCUGAACUUCAGUUGUAAAGUCCUGAGAUGUGUACAUGUAUCAUUUUAAAAGGCAUGGUUAAAUUAAAAAAAAAAAGAAUCACAGGGGAGAAAUAAGAUCAAAAUAAAAUGAGAUUAUUUUAUAAUAAAAAUAAAUCAUGUUGAAUUUUCA